AUGUAUACCAAUUCAGGAUCUGCCAUACUGGCUCUAUAUGUUAAUGCUGUACAUAAACUCUGGAAAUGGCCAGAGAAUGACAGUAAUUCAAUGGGGAAGGCAGGAGCAAGGUUAGUGCCUCAAUUAUGGCAACCUCGUAGUGGGACAAUGAUGACCAAUGAGACUAGUGGCAUGAAUCCGGAAUAUGCUUUUCAUUGCUUUGCUCUGUCCAAUAAUGAUCAGUAUCUUAUGUCGGUGUCAGGAGGGGAAAUUUCCUUUUUUAAUAUGGGGACGUUCAAAACAAUAAAAACAAUCAUGUCUCCUCCACCUGCAGCAACAUUUUUGGCACUUCACCCCCGAGACAAUAACAUCAUAGCAAUUGGCAGCGAUGAUUCAUCUAUUCAAAUAUAUGAUGCCACAUUUAAUGAGGUCAAAACCAAGCUCAAAGCUCAUCAGGAAAGGAUAACUGGCCUUGCCUUCUCUAAUAUUCUUAAUGUGCUUGUAUCUUCAGGAGCUGAUUCUCAGCUGUGUGUUUGGAGCACUGAUACAUGGGAGAAGCAAACAAAUGAAUACUUGCAAAGCCCAGCUGGUCGCUCUGGUGCUUCUCUUGCAGAUACCCGUGUUCAAUUUCACCAUGAUCAAACAUGUUUACUAGCAGUCCAAGAGACACAGAUAGUAAUCUAUGAAGUACCUGCUUUGAAACGGCAUAUGAAGUGGGUGCUACCACUACAAGCAAGUGGCUCAAUCACAUAUGCUACAUAUUCUUGCGAUAGCAAAUCCAUAUAUGUCAGCUUUGAAUGUGGAAGAAUAAGUGUUCUUUCUGCGUCAUCACUUGAUUUGAGAUGUCGAAUUAAUCCCUCUUUAUACCUACCUACCAAUCCAAGCUUACGGGCCUAUCCCUUAGUUGUUGCAGCGCACCCUUCCAAGCCUAAUCAAUUUGCAGUCGGACUUACUGAUUGUGGUGUUUAUCUACUAGAGCCACUAGAAUCAGAAGGCAAGUGGUAUCCCUAACCUCGAAGGUGAUAGGUUUAUACUCAGCAGCCUCUCCAUGAUAUCACGACAUAUUCUUGUGCUUUUGCACUGUUACCAUUCUUUUUCUUCCAGAGGAAAGGCUCCAAAAGCUGUCGAUAUAGCUGUAGGUCAGUUUCUUAGGAGUUAGUUUAGAGGUUGGGGUCAAGUUGGUAGUUAUUGUUACAGUAAAAUGAUGAUCGAUGAAGGUCAUUCAAAGUCCUUCAAGGAGUCAGCAAGGUAGAUUGGGCAUAGCUUCUGCCUCAAAUUUCUUCUCCUCCUUCUAACUUUUUUCCUUCCAUGAAACUUCAUGUAUGUAAUUAGUUUGUACCCUUAAAAGUUACUGAUAUUUUCAAUAUUACCAUCUCUUUCAUU